AUGCCUUCCAAUAGCAGCAGAAAAACAGACCGUAAAGGAAAAGGAAAAGCAUCUGCAAGUAUAUCUAUCUCUGCAAACCGUGUUUUGGUUGGCCGUGUUGGACCUCGAGAAAUUGCCCCCAGUUUCUCAUCCGCAACUAUCCAAGAUCAGCAAUAUGCGGAAAUUGUUGAAAUGUUUAACAAAGUAAACAACAAUAUCAACGGUGUCAAGGAUGACAUUGCUGCUGUCAAUAGCAACAUGGCAGCCUUUAAAAACAGGAUGGGUGUUGUUGUUGACACGUCUGGAAAGACACAUACGGCAUUUGCAGACUUUGCAACUGCCUAUGCCAACGAUCAGACUCGUAUGGCUAGUCUAGGACUAUCUCUGAUGCCAUCCUAUGUCCCCCAGACCUCCCUCAGUGAUGCUGAGGUUUCUGUCAUUAUCUCAGAAAUCUUCGCGGAAAAGUUGUGGGACUGGAAGUUCGAGUCUGAUGACCCUGCUCUUGUUGCUGAGAACGAGAGUAAGAAGAAGUGGAACUUGAACGAGAAGAUUAACCACCGCAAUAACGUAGCUGUUAUCAACUACUUGAAGAGCUACAUUAGCGCCCAGACUCGUCUAGCUGGUACUCACCCACGGGUGAUAAGUGAUAAAAUAAAGAACAGGUACAAGCACAGUCAUUGUACUUUUCACGAGUCUCCUGAGCAGAAGGCCAAGAAAAACAGCAAGAGGAGAGCAAACAGUCGUACUCUUCAGACUGGAAACCCUGUUGAGAAGGCCUAUCUCAAACUCUUUCAGAAGGAUGCCAUGUCUGAUGGUGAGUCGGAUAUUGAGAUUGUGGACAAUCUUCCACGACAGUGUUUGCAUGUGGCUUGCCCCACUUGGAGAAGUGAAGAGUUCAACAGAUUGUUGACAAUGGUUGACGACAUUGAUUGUACCCAUUACGUGUCAAAUGCAGGCAUGGGAACAAAGCCAAGAAUGAACAGAUAUCCAGCAACAUUGUUGCCUUGCUCUGUUCCUGCCACCCUGUCCCAGUCAUUGCCUCGUUGGGCAAUUGACAAUGAAUAA